ACGGAAAGAGACAUUCGUAGCGUAAAGAGCGACCCUUGGCCCUUGUUCAUCUGCAGAGUUUCACUUUGGUUGAGAGAGAGUUGUGAGAGGGAGAGAGAAAAUGGCGCAAUACGGGGGGCAAUAUGGUGACUCCGACCUCCGUCGCCAGACCGACGAGUACGGCAACCCGAUCCGCCAGACGGACGAGUUCGGAAACCCCGUCCAGCAGACUGGAUACGGAGCUGGUGCUUAUGGCGCCGGAACCGGCGGUGCAGCUGGGGAGACCGGCGGCCUUGGUUAUGGUGGAGACCAGCAGCAGCAGCAGCUGAGAGGCGAACGUCGUGGAGGUCGCCGCGGCGAAGUGCUCCAGCGUUCCGGAAGUUCUGGUUCUAGCUCCUCGGAAGAUGAUGGUGAAGGCGGGAGGAGGAAGAAGGGGAUGAAGGAGAAGAUAAAGGAGAAGAUUCCAGGGAUGGGCUGCAACGACGAGCAGCAGCAGCAGCAGCAGGCGGGGUCGUACCCGACCUCCACAGCCGCGUGCGGAGGCUACGGGGCGGAGCUGGGGCAGCAGGAGGAGAAGAAGGGGAUGAUGGACAAGAUCAAGGAGAAGCUGCCGGGACGUCAUUAGAUGUAACGUAAUAUGUGCAUCAGCUAUAGCACAUAUUUGCCUUUCUGUCUGUGUGUACGAAAGGAGACUAGAGUUUUGAGUUGUUCCAAAUAAGUGCAAGGAAGGUCACUGCUUGUCUACUUCCCUCUUGGGAAGGAGCUUGCACCUGAAAGUUUUCCUUUUGUGUUUUGUGUACUGUGGUCCUUUUCCAGUCUUUUAAGUAUAUAAGUGGAGCUUUUGUA